AUGUACACGAAUAACACAGAUGCUAGCCUGUAUGGCGGGCUUGCAAGUGGCGUUCCUGGGGAGCUGAGGGGGAUGGAAUAUGUCCACAAGAACUACGGCGCUUUGCCCUGGAAAACAGUAUUGGCCCCCGCAAUCAAGGUUGCCCGCUAUGGCUUCCAGGUGACGGCAGACCUUGUCCGAUACAUGGAUUCCGUCACGCCGAAUGGCAAGUUUUUGACCGAUGAUCCAACGUGGGCGAUCGACUUCGCCCCGCACGGCUACCGGGUGAAGCUGGGCGAGACAAUGACUCGGAAACGCUACGCCGAUACCCUCGAGGUCAUUGCAGACGAAGGCGCCGACGCGUUCUACACAGGCGCUAUCGCCAAUGCGACCAUUGCAGCAUUGCAAAAGGCAAAUGGAACGAUGACCUUGGAGGACCUUGCCAACUACACUGUGGCUAUCAGAAAGCCGGCGCGCAUCACCUACAGGGGAUAUAAACUAACAAGCUGCAGUGCCCCAUCUGGCGGUAUAGUUGCCCUUAGCGCAUUGAACACUGUUGGUGGCUAUGAAGGCUUUGGUGAUCCGACCAUGGUCAAUUUGACUACCCACCGCCUGGAUGAGGCUAUUCGGUUUGCCUACGGCGAACGGACGAAUCUUGGGGAUCCAUCCUUUGUAGAUGGGCUUGCGGAAUACGAGAAGCAGAUGCUAUCGGACGAAACAGCGGCUGAAAUACGCUCCAAAAUAUCAGAUUUUAAGACACAGAAUGUGUCCUGGUAUGAUCCAUCUGGUUUGGAGUCACUCGAGACACCCGGCACCUCGCAUGUCGUCACAGCCGAUGCGAGUGGCAUGGCUGUAUCACCGGUGUGA